AUGAAGAGCAGCAGCCGGAACAGGGCCUUGUUCUUCCCGCUCAAGUCCCUGCACUUCGUCCGUGGCAAGACCGGCCGUUUUGGAGUCGGCCUGCUGCGAUCGUGCGAACCAACCGUAGGUGGCUUUCGAUUUCCCCUCGUAACCUCGAUUGUCGGACCUGACUGACCUCCUCAUAAAUCGAUCCGCAACACACUCGUGUACAGCGAUGUGGUCUUGCAUCAUCGCAUUCGUAAUCGUGGUAUCAAUUGAUACCAUGGUUUUCGUCAUGCUGGAUGGCUCGACAGUCACUUUCGCCGCCGGUCUGCUGGUCGAGGUCGUUGGAAGCGCCGGCGCGCUGCUGCUGACGAGGUCCGCGCUUAAGCAACCGGUGCACCAGGCUACCCACAACCACGACCAAAACCACAAGUGAGUUUUGUGUGAUGUAUGGGUUUCAGGAUGGAACUAAUACAAAUGGGUUCAAUCCUUCCCAGCGCUGAGCUCAAGCUCGCCUCUCCGAGCGUGAGCGUCCUCAUCCUUUCUUUUCUUUGGUCUGUUCUGGGCUUCCACUCCCGUCUCCUUAGUAGCUCUCCAACCCUCCGAUCCUUCUUUCUCGGGAUAACAAGGUUGCUGUCCUUGCAUGAAAUCAAUUCUCACUCUGGCGCCUUACAAAGUCACCUAGAAUAGACAAUCCUGCAUAAAUCACCUAGGACUACGGAUCUUGGUCGAGCACGGUCUCCUUCCUAGUCACUUUUCCAACGGCAGUCUCAUGACCGAUUGAGCCGAAGUGUGCUCGUGGACCUCGACGGGAUGGUAGAUCUGGGCAGUGCGUCUGCGGCGUCGGAACUUGCAGAAAGUGCAGUAGGUAUUCGACUGUCUAGCAUGGCCGGUUGAAGGUGACUGACGACUGCGCGACUAUCUACGCACGGAGUCCUGGCCUUCCUAGCUAAGGCAGGACAUCCGGACGAAGGAGGUCGCCAGGUGAUAGCACCUCAUUCAGUCUGGCACCUCGUAGAGGGGUUGGCCAACAUCAACCAGUUCGUGGUCUGCAAGCGUCCGGGAGGACCUACCGCCUCGAUGAGCAUGUCGCUGAAAGCUUGCUCGCUGUGGACGAAAUUCAAUCACGAAACAUCGCAGAUCGCCAUCUGCUCGAAAAGCAUGCACUGGAUUGGGCUAAAUUGGCGUAUGGCAAUCUGCGACGUCCCCUGA